CCCGCUGUUUCCAUGGAAGCCCCAGCCCACCAUAUUAAGAACGCAUCCAUGUUGAGGGCGGCCGGUGCUGUGGUGGCGCAAUCCUAAUGCUACCGAGAUCACAUGCGUUUAACUGUGCACACACUUCGCUCCAUUCAGGUCAUUCAUGUUCACUUCCGCGUCCUCUCCUGAAAGGAUGGCCCGAAGGAACCGUUUUAAUUCCACCGUCCCGGAUGACGAGUACCUCGCCGACAGUGAUGUGUCGUUCUACCUGAGUGACGCAGUGACCCAGCUGCUGGAGCAUAAAGAGGAAUACAGCCAGUUCGGUGUGAUCCGCUACUUUGCUGAAUAUUUCAGCAGUGUAAAGAACAGUAACCACGUGCUCUUCAGAGAAUAUAACUACAUCAGGGCCACUCCCCAUAACAGAGCCUCCUUCAUCAGAGUCUUCUGGAGAUGCUACAGACAGAUCGGCAAGAGCGGAGACUUACUGUCCAUGCUGGAGUACAGGUCGCUGCUGCAGUUAUUGUGUCCAGACUUCCCCUUGGAGAUGGUGCAGAAUGCAGCCAGAAUUGUUCUGAUGGACGAUGCCAUCGACUGUCUGAUGUCUUUUUCUGAUUUCCUUUAUGCCCUCCAGCUGCAGUUCUACUACCCAGAGUUCCUGGACAGCGUGCUGAUGAUCUACCAGGAUCUGUUAGCAGGGAAGAGUCCGAACACCGUCAUCGUCCCCACAUCCACCUCCAUCGAGCGGCUCCCCUCUGUGGCUGCAGAGGAGAACGACAAGGAGAAGCAGCAGCAGCAGGACGGAGUGGAACCGUCCACUCUGGCUCAGUGUAUUGAUGCCCUGUGUGACAGGUUCAAAUGCAGUCAUCCUCCCAGGUCCUGUAUGAGGGAAGUACUUGGACAGACUAACAGAGUCUCUUACGACAGCUUCCUAAUGAGCCUGGCUAAACACGAGACUAUCAACCAAACUAUUGGAGCCUUACCUAGCAUGGCGGAGUUUCUCAUCGAUCCAGAGAUGGACCAGGAACUGGACAAACUAAUUGCCCAGAUCUCAGUAAGUCCCAGCAGCAACAGCAGCGGCAGUGCGGUGGGGGGGCUGAAGGAGGUGCAGAGGAGGGCUUCCCCCAGGAGGAACAUCCACCACAGGAGGAAGAUGGAGGUGGAAAGCGAUGGUUCCACGGAAGAGACGGACUCCUCUGAAAACUGACCUCUAAUCUUUCACCAAUCUGUGACAUGUCACCUUCCAUCUGAAGUCUGAAAAACUGUAGUUUACUGUAAUCUUACCAAACCGAAUGUUUGUUUUAAUUGGCAGUAAUGAUAUUACUUUGAGCAGUAUAACCAAGGUCAAUAUCAACAGUAUCACUCCAGUGUAUACUCCAUUUCAAAGUAUUUAUAAUUGCACCUGAAUUUCUGUUGUUGCCAUGUUAGUGAUACCAUAGUGAAACACCAAUACAAUAGUAGUUUUAAGUACUGUAUGUUAUUAUGCAAUGAGACCUGCAAAACAAAGCAGGUCUCAUUGCUGGUUUUACAGAGUGACUGGAAUAAAAGAUAGGAACCUGUCA